AUGUUGGCCUCCUCUCUCCCUCCUCUCCUCCUCCUCUUCCUCCUCCCCCCCACAUCCUCCUCCACCUCCUCCUCUGCCCCGCGGGGAGUGGACUUGGAGGGCACGCCCCUGUCUCACCUGCUGCUGGACCCCCGCUCCGGAGCGCUGUACGUGGGGGGAGUGGACCACCUGUACCAGCUGAACUCUGAGCUCCAAGUCACGGCUCAUGUCAGGACCGGACCACAGCUUGACUCGCCCGACUGCCUGCCCCCCAUCGUGGCCAAAGACUGCUCCUCGGCCACGCCCACCCACAACUACAACAAGCUGCUGCUGCUGGAGGAGGCGGAGUCACAGGGGCAGGGGGCGGAGUCAGGCAGCAUCAUCGUGUGUGGGACGCUCUUUCAGGGCAUCUGUGAAAAGAGGAGUCUGUCUAACAUCACCGAGCUGCUGUACCGCACAACAAACCCGGUCGACACUCAGUACGUCGCUGCUAACGACCCUCGAAUCUCCACUGUUGCUGUGGUUGUCACUCCCGAGGGGGCGGGGCCUGCUGGCGGAAGAGACGGUGCCAGAAUGCGCUUGAUGCUGGUUGGACGAGGCUACACCAAAGGACCUGGGGACAUUCCACCAAUCACCACGAGACGCUUAUCCCCAGUUCUCCCUCCACGGCGAAUGUUCUCCCAAGAAGAAGAACUGGGAAAGCUCGUUGUCGGGAGUUACUCGGAAUACAACAACCAUUUUGUGAAAGCGUUUGUGCACGGGAAGCACGUUUAUUUCCUGUUUUCCAGACGUGACAUGUGGCAUAAGAAAGAAUACCGGACAUACGUGUCCAGACUGUGCCUUUCCGACCGCAACUUUUAUUCUUACGUGGAGGUGCCGCUGUUGUGCGAGGGCUCCUACAAUCUGGGGCAGGGGGCGUGGCUUGGGAACCACACAGGAAGUCCCGCCCUCUUCGUGGUGAUGUCAGCAGGCCAGGCCUCGACGCCGAUGGCCACAAGCCAAUCUGCUUUGUGCGUGUACGGCAUGGAGCAGUUGGACGCCAUGAUGCGCCGUGCGCAGGAAGUGUGCUACACCCAAGCAGGAAGAGGAAGUGGCGGACAGGAAGAAGCCUACAUCGAGUACCAGGUGUCAUCCAAAUGCCUCAAACUGCCCAAGGCGUCUCUGGUGGAUUACCCGUGUGGAGGGGAGCAUACACCAAACCCGAUUGCCAGCACGGUGCCUCUCAAUGCCACGCCCACAUUCACCUGCAGCACACACCUGUCUGCGGUCACCACAGCAACAGAGGCCAACCUCACCAUCGCCUUCCUGGGGGACCGUCAGGGGACACUGCACAAGGUGUUGGUGCAUGAGGACGGCUCUGGACACCUCUACAGCUCGGUCCCGGUGCAUCCCAACAGUCCGGUCAACGCGGACUUACUGCUGGACCAGAGACAGGAGCACGUUUACGUCCUCACACACAACCGGUUAUCCAAAGUGUCGGUGUCCUCCUGUGAGCUGCAGACGGACUGUGACUCCUGUUUGUCCAUGAGCGACCCCUACUGUGGCUGGUGUGUACUGCAGGGAAGAUGCACCAGGAAACAUGAGUGUGAGCGCCACCUACAGCUCAACCACUGGCUCUGGAGCUACAGCCAAAUGGAUGAAUGUGUGAAGGUGGAGAGGCUGCACCCGGCCAAUCAGAGCAGAGAUACACAGACUAUGGUGGCCUUAUCCGUGCGGCAGCUGCCUUCUCUCUCCUCCUCAGAGACGCUCUCCUGUGAGUUUGGAGAGCUGCCUCCAAGCCCCGCCCAGAUCACAAAAAACACUAUCACCUGUCAAUCACCUGAGCCCCGCCUCCUUCCAGCCACUCCCAUAGACAAAGAUCACAUGAACUUGCCGGUGGCCGUGAAGUUUGGUAACGUGACCAUCACCACAGGAAGCUUGACCUUUUAUGACUGUGGAGCCGUGAGCCGUCACAACAUGACCUCACAGUGCCUGUCGUGUGUCUCCAGCGUGUGGGGCUGUAAUUGGUGUCCUCUGGACCAGCUCUGCUCUCACAUCUCCAGCUGCCCUCACCAUCACACCAUCCUCAACCACAGAAAUGGCAAUGGCCCGUCCUCCUGCCCCCUGGUCUACGCUCUGCAGAGUCCAGCUCUCGUGCCUAUGGGUCUCACCACCACAGUCGUUCUGUUGGGCAGGAACCUCGACAUUUACACGGAUAAAGCCGACUACAUGUGUGUGGUUGAAGUAAAAGAAGUUCAGUUCAACUUGUCAGCGUCUGUGCAGAAAACAGACGACCACACGCACACCUUCACCUGCAGCCCCCAUCAGUUUCAGUUUGAAGUGUCUGAACUACAAUACUCAGCUGCUGUGUUUUUAAGACGUGGACAGCGACGCAUCGAUGCCUCCCCAGGACUCACACUGCAGCUCUAUGACUGCUCGGCCGGCCAAUCAGAUUGCUCCCAGUGCCGAGCCGUGCCCCCAGAGUACGGCUGUGUGUGGUGCCCAGGAAGUCCCGCCCCCAGCUGCGUCUUCAACCAAUCAUGUUCAAGCGUGGCGUCCGACACCUGUCCCCCUCCUGCCAUCACUCAGAUCGUUCCAGUCACAGGGCCACUAGAGGGCAGUAUACUGCUCACCAUAACGGGAUCUAAUCUGGGCAUGAAGUUUGAAGACGUGGAGGGAGGUAUCUCUGUGGCAGGAGUGGACUGUGUGGCUCAGGCUGAAGGAUAUCACAUCUCCACCAGGGUGGUGUGUGAGCUGCAGCCCAGUGGGAAACCAAAGAGAGGUCCGGUCCUCAUCAGAGUGGGACCAUCUGCAUCUGGCCGCUCUACUCAGGAAUUCACUUAUCAGGACCCCCAGUUGUUGGGCCUGGUUCCAGACAAAGGGCCUGUCUCUGGGGGUACUCGUGUCACCAUCAGAGGGCGCCAGCUGCUCACGGGGCAAACAUCUGACCUGCAGGCCUUUCUUGGACUGAAGCCCUGCUUCAUAGUGGAUGAGGUGACGGACUCGCAGCUCGUGUGUCAGAGCGAACCCUCCAACAGAACUGGAGGGGUGUCUGUGUCCGUGUUCUUUGGGAGUGCCCAGAGGAAUGUCCCAAACGGAGCCUUUAAAUACAUGGACGACCCACGGAUCACAGACGUGCAGCCUGGAGAGAGCUACCAAGCUGGCGGCAGAAUGUUGCUGGUGGAAGGCAGUAACCUGGACGUGGUGCAGCGCCCCCUGGUGGAGGUGUGGGUGGAGCCAGAUACGCAGAGAGAAGUGAAGAGGAAGAGGAGGAGGCAGGCUCUGCUCAACGCCAAACAGCAGGGCUUCAACAGCUCCCUCACUACGGUGUCAGAGUUGUGCAUCCUGGACUCACCGUCCCAGAUGAGGUGUCCCACCCCUAAAGUGUCCCCUCAGUUCAAAGUGAAGCGUCUGUGGUUCCAGUUGGACAAUGUCAGAGUGAACUAUGACACCAUAAAGGGUAAUAAUUUUGUUUACCACCCAAACCCAGAGCUGUUCCCACUCAACAGGGAGGCUCCAAACACACCUUACAAAUUCAAGCCUGGAGGAAUCAUAGCUGUGGAGGGAGUGCACCUGACCAUAGCCAUGUCUCGUCAGGAGGUGAAAGCCCGUUUAGGAGAUGAGGAGUGUGAGGUGAAGACUUUAGUCAGCACCCAUCUGUACUGCGAGCCUCCUGAGGCCCAGCCAAACAGCCUGGACCACAAUGACCUGCCCACGCUGAAGGUGCUGAUGGGUAAUCUGGAGGUGGACCUGGGUCAGGUGCAGUAUGACUCGGACUCUCUGUUGCCCCCCGUCCCGCUGGCCGCUCAGAUCGGACUGGGAGCUGGAGCCGCGCUGAUCAUCCUGUCUGUGCUGGUGGUCAUCCUCAUGUACAGGAGGAAGAGUAAGCAGGCUCUGAGGGACUAUAAGAAAGUGCUGCUGCAGCUGGAGACUCUGGAGAUCAAUGUGGGAGACCAGUGUCGCAAAGAGUUCACUGACCUGAUGACUGAGAUGAUGGACCUCAGCAGUGAUGUGGGAGGACCUGGAGUGCCUUUGCUCGACUACAAGACGUAUGCAGAGAGGGUGUUCUUCCCUGGACAACAGGGGGCGCCGCUGAGCCGACAGCUGGACCUGCCAGAGUCCAGGAGGGUCACUGUGGAGCAGGGCCUUCAGCAGCUCAACAACCUGCUCAACAACAGGCUGUUCCUCACCAGGUUCAUCCACACGCUGGAGGCUCAGCAGGGCUUCUCUCAGAGGGACAGAGGUUAUGUGGCCAGCCUCCUCACGGUGGCGUUACACGAUAAACUGGAGUAUUUCACUGAGGUGAUGAAGACUUUACUGCAAGAUCUGGUGCAGCAGUACGUGGCCAAGAACCCUAAACUCAUGCUUCGACGGACGGAGACAGUUGUGGAAAAGAUGUUGACAAACUGGAUGUCCAUUUGUCUCUAUUCUUUCCUCAAGGACGUGGCAGGAGAGCCUCUGUACAUGUUGUAUCGAGCCAUAAAGUACCAGGUGGACAAAGGGCCGGUGGACUCUUUGACGGGGAAAGCCAAACGCACGCUCAACGACAGUCACCUGCUCCGAGAAGACAUCGAAUACUCCUCCGUCACUCUGACUGUUUUGGUGAAGAACGGUGUGGAAGUGCAGCACUGUCCGGUGAAAGUUCUGGAUUUAGACACCAUCACACAGGUCAAAGAUAAGAUCCUGGACCAGGUUUAUAAAGGCGCUCCGUUCUCCCAGAGACCAGCAGCCGACAGUCUAGAUCUGGAGUGGCGUUCCGGUCAGGCAGGUCACCUGACUCUCUCUGACGAUGACGUCACAGCUGUUGUUCAGGGACGAUGGAAACGCAUCAACACUUUACAGCACUAUAAGGUUCCAGAUGGAGCCACGGUGGCUCUGAUUCCUCGAUGCAGUGCUGGGAACGGAGUCAGUCAAGUUUUCCAGACGGGGGAGAAAACCCCCAUGCUGGAGGGUGAGGAGGAGGAGGGGCUGCGUCUGUGGCACCUGGUGAAGAGCAGUGAGGACCCAGAGAUCCCCAAGCACCGGAAGAGCAGCAUGAGGGAGCGUGAGAGAGCCAAGGCCAUCCCAGAGAUCUACCUCACCAGGCUGCUGUCCAUGAAGGGAACUCUGCAGAAAUUUGUGGACGACGUUUUUGUGGCGAUCUUGAGCACGAAGCGGCCUCCUCCGAUCGCUGUGCGCUUUUUCUUUGACUUUCUCGACGACAUGGCUGAGAAACACGGCAUUGACGACCCAGAGACAGUCCACAUCUGGAAAACCAACAGUCUGCCUCUCCGUUUCUGGGUAAACAUCUUGAAGAAUCCACAGUUUGUCUUGGACGUCCAGGUGACCGAUAGCAUCGACGCCGUUCUCUCGGUCAUUGCACAAACCUUUAUCGACUCCUGCACCACUUCUGAGCACAAAGUUGGACGGGACUCUCCGGUGAACAAACUCCUGUACGCCAGAGAAAUCCCUCGAUAUAAGCAGCUCGUCGAGAGAUACUACAGUGACAUCCACAGCGCCGCGUCAGGAUGUUACCAGGAGAUGAACUCCACUCUUACAGAGCUCUCUGGGAGUUUUGCGUCCGAAAUGAACACUCUUGUGGCUCUUCAUGAACUUUACAAAUACAUCAACAAGUAUUAUGACCAGGUGAUCAUGGCUCUGGAAGAGGACAGCUCUGGUCAGAAGAUGCAGUUGGCUUAUCGUCUGCAGCAGGUGGCCGCUUUGGUGGAAAACAAAACCUACAGUCCUACAGACCCGUACCCGUACCCGAGCAGACACCGAGGCUUCAGACCCGACAUCGUCGUCCCCUGCAGAUUACAGCUGACUGAACCCGACCGCUGCCCCCACAGGCCGCUGCUCUGGAGCUGCAGCCGACCCUCCGCGGUCUUUAGGGGGAUUUAA